AAAUUUCAAAAAAAAAAAAAAAAAGAAAAAAAACUUCCUCAAAUUUCAAAACUGCACUUUAAAGAGGGUGGCUUCCAAUAGGGUUAACUACUGUUUAUUCAGAAUGAGGUGCAGUAUCCAACUUGCCUAUCUUUUCCUGUAUAACCUACUACAGUUCUGUGGGCACACUUGGAUAUUUGCAAACAUGAUGGCCCGGUUCCUUUCAUUCGGGGAAGAUGCCUUGGCGGACACCUUUUACUCGGUGGGCGUUGUGGUGAGCCUGUGCCAGCUAAUGUCAGUACUAGAGCUGUUCCACAUUGCGGAUGAAAUUGAGAAAGCAGAGCUCCUACCACGGUUUAUACAAGUAAUGGAGAGGAAUUUUGUUUUGUUUGUGGUGAUCAUUAGCCAAGAGGAAGUUCAAAGUAAAUCUAUAGUGUGCAUACAGUUUUUCCUGUGGAACACUCUAGACCUUUUAAGGUACCCUCAUGGACUCCUGGCGCUCUUCAGCACCCCUUCCUUUAGCAUGCUGUGGGUACGCCAUACCCUGUGGAUCCCGCUCUACCCCCUCUCUGUGAUUGCAGAAGGACUGACUGUGUACCAGGCCCUGCCCUACUUUGAGUCCCUGGAGACGUUUUCCUUCCCUUACAUUCUGCUGGGCUACUUCCCUCUGCUCGCCAUCGGUGCCUGUUUCACUAUGUGGCAGCUGCUGGGAGAGAGGAAACAACAGCUGGACAUCUGGAAUAAAAAAACCAAGAGGAAAUAAAGAGACAGUCACACACAUAUGCACACACACGCAUAUGCGCGCAUGCACACACACACACUGACAUGCACACACACUCUUGGGUCCCACUCAUCGUGAGACAGCAUGUGGAGCAGCUUAUCUGGAAGACACCAGAGGUUGAGUUUAAGGACUAGCCCUGUGCCAGUGUAAUGUAAACAAAUGCAAUUCCUGCAGCAGCUUGAAGCGCACCACAACAUGUGUGGGAAUUCUUAGCUGGCUUCUUCUGAAUGCUCCCUUUCGGGAACCCAUGGUGGAUUCACGCCUGUUUGGACGAGUCUAGCAUGACAACAAAAAACAUCCCAGUUUUUAUGACUGGAAGAAUCUACCUGCAGG